AGUAUUCAACAACAUUGAUAAAAAAUUAUCUAUUUAACGCUUGAGGUAGACUUUCAAACUUAUAAUGUGUUUGUUUGUGUGACGAGUCAACCCGGUCAAAUGGUAUUAACAUAAAAAUGGGUAUAUUUUUCAAACUAUCGGCAAUAAUUAUCGCAAUCUCGGCUAUUCUUAUUUUUGUUUUUAUCAAACCAAUAUUUGAACCGGCAAACAUUCCGGAACUAAAAGAAAAAUGGUGGAAAAUACAUAAACCUGCGAAAGUAGAUACUAGCAUCAAACCUUUCAAAGUACAAGUUUCAGAUGAGAUACUGCAAGAUCUUAAAGAUAGAUUAGAUCGCACUUUACCGUUCCAAGCACCGUUACAAGGAGUAAAUCAAAACUACGGUAUAAAUACCAAUCUUCUAAAAACUGUCGUUGAUUAUUGGAAAACGAAAUAUGAUUGGAAAAAACGAGAACAACUUCUCAACCAAUAUCCACAAUUUAUUACCAACAUACAAGGAUUAAAUAUCCAUUAUAUUCACGUUAAACCCGCUCAAACUCAAGGAUUAAAAGUAUUACCUUUGUUAUUGUUGCAUGGGUGGCCGGGAUCCGUUAGAGAAUUUUAUGAAAUAAUUCCACUAUUAACUACACCGCAAAAAGGGAGAAACUUCGUUUUUGAAUUAAUUAUUCCCAGCUUACCAGGUUAUGGUUUUUCUGAAGCCGCCGAAGUUGGCGGUUUAGGCGUACCGGAAGUAGCAGUCAUCAUGAAAAAUUUGAUGGAACGUUUGAAUUUUAAGACUUACUAUGUCCAAGGUGGUGAUUGGGGAGCUAUGAUAAGUACUCUAAUGGCAGUAUUCUAUCCAGAAAAAGUCAUAGGUCUUCAUUCUAAUAUGUGUUUAGUAAAUUCGCCAUUAUCUAACUUAAAACUAAUGUUGGGCAGUUUCUGGCCUUCGUUAGUUGUUGAUGAAGAACAUAAAGAUUUGGUAUAUCCAAGAUUGGACAAAAUUAUGUAUUUGGUAUUAGAAACUGGUUAUAUGCAUUUACAAGCCACAAAACCAGAUUCAAUUGGAGUUGCAUUACGCGACAGUCCAGUCGGUCUGGCUGCUUACAUUCUGGAAAAGUUCACCGUCUGGACUAAUCCAGCUUGGAAGGAUUUAGAGGACGGAGGACUUACGAAAAAGUUCACAAUGGAUCAACUAUUAGAUAACAUCAUGGUAUAUUGGGUAACAAGAUCUAUUACCACUUCUAUGAGAUUAUAUUCUGAGUCCAUCAAUAAGAGAGUUGUUGGUUUGAAUCUGGAAAGCAUACCUGUUGAAGUACCAAGCGGAUGUUCAAGAUUCAAAUAUGAACUAGCGUGGUUCCCAGAAUCAAUAUUGAAAGAUAAAUAUAAGAAUUUGGUACAUGUUACGAAUCAUGAAGGGGGACAUUUUGCAGCUUUCGAAGUACCAGAAGUUCUGGCCAAAGAUAUUAUUGAUUUUACCACCAAAGUUGAGAGUAUGAAUGUGAAAAAAUCUGUGUAAGGUUUUAUAUAUGUUAUUGUUGUAAAUAUACACUCUGAUGUUAA